AUGACUGCGCAGUCACCCCCCAAGCGCAGAAGUCGCUUAUCUUCAAACAACCAAGACCACGACGAUGCAGCACUCAAGGCCCGCCGCGAACGUAACCGCGAAGCCCAAAACAUCUUCCGCCGCCGUCGCCAAGCCGCCGAAGCUGCACAGGCCCAGCGCGUGCGUCGCCUCGAGCAGGUAGUCGAGGAGAUGAGCUCCGUCUUCAUGUCCUUCGUGGACGAGAUGCUCACCACUGAAGCUGUGGUCAGAGCCCAGCCGAGUCUUGUUGGCAGUUUGAGGAGAAGUAUGGAGAGGAUUCUGGAGCUGGCGCAUGAGGUUGUUGGGCCGGAGGAGGAUCUUGUGCUGAUGCCGAGGGAGGGGGAGGAUAGGAAGCGCGGAAGCUCUGGUUCGCCGGAGAGUGAGCAGAGUGAAACGACGGAGGAUUCUUCGGGUUCGAUGGCUGUUGCUGUGAGAAAGACUCAGGUUCAGACGCUGACACCGCCUACGUCAACGGCCAUGACUUCAGUUUCUACGCCAACUCCACCAUCUUUAUCGACAUCAGCCCCAUCUUCACUCUCAACACCACCAUACUUCAACUCUCAGCAAACAUCAAUGGCCAAAUCCUUCAAUUUACCAACAUUCUCUCUCUCGCCUCAGAUCUUCGGCAACGGCUGGCUCGGCACAACCCCUGCAUCACCCGGCGAUCUCGCCGUCCCUUCGUCCACACAGCACUCGGCAUUUUCACUCCGUCUCGCCUGCGACAUACUAACAAUAGCAUGUCACCUCCUCGUAAACUCACCGCCGCCCUACGAAAUGUCAGCCUGUGAAUCGCGCCUCUUCUGCAACACCCUCAAAGGCCGCGCCAAAGACGAGAUGCUCACACGGCUACGCUGGCUUAUUGGCCCGGGUCGACACGAGAUGUAUCGCGUUAUCGAUCUACCGUAUGGACGAUAUGGACAGUAUGUUUAUUCUCGCGCGGAGCUCAACCCUUCUACGGUGGAGGAUAUAGAAUGGCCGUGGCCUACACGACCGGCUGGAACACGCAUCGACCACUUCACACGAUUCUUCAGCGUUGUUGGAGUUGAGAAGCAACUCCUCGCACUUGGCGCCAGGGUUGUGGACGCCGAAACUAUGGAACUCAAUCUGAACAACUCGCCGAUGCCGAAUGUUGGACACGCUGUACCGAAACAGCCCGAGAGCUGGAGUUUCGUCAAUUGUUUCUCGUUUCCCACGGAGCCAAAAUCUGGUCCUGUCACAGUGCGGGUGAGUAUACCAGCGCUUAUAAAGUCGCUCGCUACGAGAUCGCUUUGUUUGAUGCGGGGGCCGGGAAUACCGAGGUCCGAGAUUGGGAGUGCGAUUGAGGAAGCCAUCAUCAAAACAGGAUGA